AUGGCGUCCAAGCAGCCUGCCCGGGAUUUUCUGGACUUUGUGAAUGCCUCCCCCACUCCCUUCCAUGCUGUCAAAUCCGCCAAGGACCUUCUGGCCCAGGCCGGCUUCCAGGAGAUCAAAGAGAAAGACUCGUGGGCCAAGACCUGCCAGCCCGGCGGCAAGUACUAUCUCACCCGAAACACCACCACUCUCGUCGCUUUUGCGAUUGGAAAGCAAUGGAAGCCCGGUAACUCCAUCUCCAUGAUUGGUGCUCAUACCGACUCUCCCGUCCUGCGUGUCAAGCCUGUCAGCAACAAGAGCGGCGAGGGCUUCGUCCAGGUCGGUGUGGAAUGCUAUGGCGGCGGCAUCUGGCACACCUGGUUUGACCGUGAUCUCGGUGUAGCUGGCCGGGUUAUGACCCGUGCCAGCGACGGAUCCAUAGUCCAGAAGCUGGUCAAGGUUGAUCGUCCCAUCCUCCGUAUUCCUACUCUGGCCAUCCACCUGGACCGCCAGGAGAGCUUCUCCUUCAACAAGGAGAGCCAGCUGUUCCCCAUUGCCGGCCUCGUGGCUGCGGAGCUGAACCGCACUCCCAAGUCUUCCCCCAAUGGCAAGUCUGAUGACCAGGAUGAGGAGGACUUCUCGCCUCUGAAGGCUGUGACUGAGCGUCACCACCCCUACUUUGUGGACCUGAUUGCCGAGGAGGCCGGUGUCAAGCCCGAAGAUAUCCUGGACUUUGAGAUGAUUUUGUUUGACACCCAGAAGUCCUGCCUUGGUGGCAUGCUGGAAGAGUUCAUCUUCUCCCCUCGUCUUGACAACCUGAACAGCUCGUACUGCGCCACCGUCAGUCUAAUUGAUUCCGUGGCCGAGGCUUCUGCGCUCGACAACGAGCCCGCCAUCCGCCUCAUCGCUCUCUUCGACCACGAGGAAAUUGGCAGCCGCACUGCCCAGGGUGCUGACUCUAACGCUCUCCCGGCCAUCAUCCGCCGCUUGUCCGUUCUCCCAUCUUCCACCUCAUCGGACAACGACCUGGCCACUGCCUAUGAGCAGACUCUUUCCACCUCCUUCCUCAUCUCCGCUGACAUGGCCCACUCUGUCAACCCCAACUACGCCGGCAAGUACGAGAACGACCACAAGCCCGAGAUGAACCAGGGUUGUGUGAUCAAGAUCAACGCCAACGCCCGCUAUGCCACCAACUCUCCUGGUAUCGUUUUGUUGCAGGAGGUUGCCCGGAAGCACGCUGAGAAGAUCAACGAGCACAUUCCCCUUCAGCUCUUCGUUGUUCGCAACGACUCGAGUUGCGGUAGCACUAUUGGCCCCAUGCUGUCUGCGGCCCUGGGAGCCCGUACCUUGGAUCUGGGUAACCCCCAACUGAGCAUGCACAGUAUCCGUGAGACUGGUGGUACUUAUGAUGUCGCCCACGCGAUCCGCUUGUUCACGGGCUUUUUCCAGCACUACUCGGAGCUGUCUCCGAAGAUUAUCGUGGACUAG